UGUUGUCUCAGAGCUGCUGGUCUUUCUCACAGCAUGAUCUAAACAGUAAGACGAAUGUAAGCUCAGCUACAGCGGACAAUGCUGACUGGAAUCUCGAUUUCUAGUCUUGAAUGAGUACGUACGACUGAAGUAGCUAGAUUGCGCGAAAGCGAAGCAUGCCUCUGUUGCUUCCUCGGGGUUUGCUUUGUCCAGCAGCUCUCGGGCUAAACUAAUGACAGGGGGAAGUAGCCGUCAAUGGAUGCACAUCUGAUAUCCAUAUCUACCAGGAUUUCCGAGGCUGAGUCCUCGUGUGCUGUACUGUCCAGUCAGUGGGAUUCUCUCCAGCUGAAGGAAAAAGAGGAAGUUUUGGUUGAGAACUCAGUUGUUUCGAAUCUGACCACGACGCUAGAAGCAGCUGAAGGAACGGGAGGAUCGACCACGAACGGAAAAUCCAAGCUCGAAAUGUCUUCUCGAGCUCUUAUGACGUUACCGAGUCCCUUGUCGAUGGGCAAUCUUGCCUUUCAGCCUAGCCAUGGUUCUAUGCUGCGCGUUGCUUAUCAAGGAGUACCAGGAGCUUACAGUGAGGCCGCUGCCGCAAAAGCAUACCCCAAGUGUGAGACUGUCCCUUGUGAUCAGUUUGACGCCACAUUUCAGGCAGUAGAGUUGUGGCUGGUCGACAGGGCAGUACUACCGAUCGAGAAUUCACUUGGUGGAAGCAUCCACAGGAACUAUGACCUUCUCAUGCGUCAUAGGUUACACAUUGUGGGCGAAGUCCAACUCGCCGUGCAUCACUGCUUAAUGGCACUGCCAGGUGUUCAGACGACCCAGCUGAAACGUGUGGUCAGCCAUCAACAGGCUCUAGCUCAAUGUGAAUUUACUCUAUCUAAACUUGGAGUUAUUCGCGAGGCUGUGGAUGAUACUGCUGGUGCUGCGCAGUUUAUCGCUGCCCAUGGUCUUCGGGAUACAGGAGCUGUUGCAAGUGCACGCGCAGCAGAAAUAUAUGGACUGAAUGUUCUUGCCGAUGGCAUCCAGGACGAUCCUGACAAUGUUACUCGUUUCCUUAUGUUGGCGAGAGAACCCAUUAUUCCACGGACCGAUAGACCUUUCAAGACUAGCAUUGUAUUCACCUUGGAAGAAGGACCUGGAGAGCUAUUCAAGGCAUUAGCAGUCUUUUCAUUGAGAGACAUCAAUUUGACGAAGAUUGAAAGUCGGCCACAACAUAAGAGACCUCUGCGUAUCGUUGAUGGCAGCAAUAAAGCCACAGCCAAGUACUUCGACUAUCUAUUCUACAUUGAUUUUGAGGCGUCAAUGGCUGAUCCUCGGACUCAGAAUGCUUUGGGUCACCUACAAGAAUUUGCUACCUUUCUAAGAGUGUUGGGUUGUUACCCGAUGGACGUCGCACCAACUCAGGCCUAACUGAAGUAUUUCUCAUCGAGCUGUUUGUCGACAGACUGAAGGGAUGAUAUGUCUACUGUAAAAGAUUGUUACUCAAGCAAAAUGUCCCCAUAGCAGGGAACAAGUGUGAGUUCUCGCACAUGCAUUCUCGUGAUAUCGAUAUGUCACUUCUACCUGUAUAAAGGCGAAGCUUAUCAUGACUGUGAAUCAGACAUGAUUCUAUCCCAGUCAGGGAUCUUUGGUAUUCAGUCCUGCAGAGUGCUUGCUUACCAGCCCAUCAGAGCUAAGGUUCUGAGUAGAGCUAAGGUUCUGAGUACAUCUGAGUUUCCGGUGUCUCUUAUGGAUUGGUCCUACAGUUGGAAUGCGCCAAGUGUCUUGUCCUCACCAGUAUCUACGGAGCAUUUUUCAGCCCUAAUAUGGAAAAUAUUUCAAAAAGCUAGAAGGUCACGAAAGAGUUGAAGUUGUAUUAAAGUAGAGAUAACAAAAAGUGAACCUUCAGACUGUUUUACGUUCUGCAUGUAUGCGAUGCAUCUGCAUGCUAUCGAUCGGCCAGGGACUAAGCUUAAUUUUGCGAAGUGCAAAAAAAGCAGGAUCAUUACCCUAUGAAGGGUAAUGAUCCUAUAAGACUAGAGUCAGCAGACUGACGAAUGAAAUCUGGAGUAGAAAUCAACGUUACUUUUGCAUGUGGGUGACAGUUGAUCACUAUGACAGACACCCA